AUGGCGUUCCAGACGGGCAACAGCGCCAUUUGGAGUCGAGCGUUCUCAUUAUCGUUGGAAGGGGAGGCGCUUGAGUGGUUUAAUUCACUCCCUCCCAAUUCCAUUGAGAACUUUGUCGGCCUACAGCGUCUGUUCAACCGAAUUGUGUCCAACAACAGUACUCAAGACCUGACCGUCUUUGAGUUGGUCACCUUGAAGCAAGGAAAGGAAGAAACAUUGAGAGUAUUCAUGGAUCGCUAUCAGAGGACCGUACGACGAGUGAAGGGCUUAAGCCCGGAACUGUCCCUACAUUACAUCCUUCCCGCCCUUAAACAUGGACCGUUUAAAGACAGCGUCUGUCGACGGGCCCCCAAAACCAUGGAAGAACUGCAGGAUUGGGCGACGGAGGAGAUAAGGGUAGAAGAGAUGAAGCUAUCGUAUAAGAAGGAGAGCCAGGAAAACAAGGGAGAGAGGACGGACGAGGGAAAGCCGGGCGAUCAGGGUGGGAAGCCCGGGGGGUUCGGACAGAGAGAACCGCCCUACGGACCCAGAUUCCAACAAUACACCCCUUUGAACGCCUCCGGGAGAAGAUUUUCCGAGAAAUGUUAA